AUGUCCUCGCAAACUACCAUAAUUGCCGCCCUCAAGGGCCAAACCCUCCGCAUCCCCAACCUCACAGCUCUUUUCCAAGCCUGGCCCCCUCAGACCCUCAACGAGCACUACCAAGACACCGUCGCCCCCACCACCAACACCAUCCUCAAGAUCGCCGCCAUCGCUCCCCAUCUGCAGAUUGAGCGCCGUCUGCGCGAUGAUAUUUCUUUGCUGCCAUGUCUAUGGUAUACUAGUGCGCCCAAGCUGCGUCUCGAAGCCCUGGUGUUGUAUGUGAUAUGGGUAGUAUGCUGGGAUGACACCGUCGACACAGUCGAAGGCGACCUGGCGGCAGAUUUCGACCGCGCCGAGCAGUGGCGCGAGAGAACGCUGGCAAUCGCCAAAGCUGCGUUGAAUCUGUCCGAAACAGCUCCAGAAGGUGAGGUUGACGCCAUCAACGCCGUGCUGGUCGACUUUGGGCGGCGGUAUGCAGAGGAGGCACCGCUCCAUGAACGCCAGCGCAUGUACGAUGAGCUUGCCAUUUACAUUCAUGCUUGCUCAACCGAACAGAAGAUGCGCCUCAGCGAGACUGUGCCUGGCUUUGACGAGUACAUGGAGCUCCGUGAGGGUACCAUCGCCGGCGGCACGUUCCUCGCCCUGGUUCCUUAUGCCAUGAACCGGGACGUACCGCCGGAAAUGCUCAACUCGCCGCUCGUCCCCGUUCUUCAGAAGCAGAUCAGUGUGCUGGCAAGCGUCGUUAACGACCUGCUAUCGCUCAAGAAAGAGCUUCACUCGGGCUGCGCCAUCAACGUCGUAUGUACGCUUCUUACCCCGGACACGACGUUGGACGAGGUUAUGGCGCAGUUGCUCCAGAAGUUCAAGGACGCAGUCCGGCAGUUCGACGAGGCAGCAGGGGAGUUCAUCGGUCAGUACGUGCACGACGACAAUCUUCAAAGUGUAGCACAGGAGCUGGUCAACGGGUACAGACGUAUAGUCACUGGCGUACUGGAAUUCUCGUAA